AUGGUCGUGAGUUUUAAGUAACGGACUUGAUCGCUUAUGUUCCUCGUUAAUUUAAUUAGCUUUCGUGUCUCAACGAGUUACAUUACGCUUAUUUCUCGUAACCGACGUUAUAAUGUUUCAGGCAAAUCACCGUUAAACUGGCUACGUAAUACACGUUUAUUACUUGGCCGGAUUUAUUUAUUACGGUAGAUGCUACUGUAAAGACUUGGCACGAAACAGGACAAUCCCAAAAUGCAGCAGCAGUCAGUAAUGGAAGAAGGAUUGGCCUAUGAGCCACCUACUUAUGAUGAAACAUUUCCUGUCCUACCUGAAUCAUCCAGUUCCAACUCAGGACAGUUAAACAUAUUUUCUAUAAACAACAGUUUACAACUUGGACGCAUAACUAUUACACAGAUGUUCCGCGUACCAGGAGAGGAGCGAAAAUUCGAUCACAGUGAUAAAUUUGGCGAACGUGAAUCGAUUCGUACUUGUAAAACUAUUAUGAAAGAAACAAACACUAUUAUUGAAAUUGCAUCAUCCAAGGACCAGUCUUUAACGUUUCUUAUAACUGGAAAGCAAAAUCAGGUUUUGGAAGCAAAACGACGUAUUUUAACAACAUUUCAAACUCAGGCAAGCAAACAGAUUAGCAUACCUAAAGAUCAUCAUCGUUGGAUUCUUGGAAAGCAGGGACAGAGACUAAAGGAUCUAGAGCAGAAAACUGCUACAAAGAUUAACGUUCCUGGUAUGCAGGACCAGUCAGACAUAAUAACAAUUACUGGGACAAAAGAAGGCAUAGAAAAAGCUGAACAUGAAAUUAGAGUUAUCUCUGAUGAACAGUCUCGAAAAGCGUUUGAGAGGAUAAGUGUGCCAAAAAUAUACCAUCCAUUCAUAUAUGGUGCACAUAACGAAAAUCUCAAUGCUAUGAUGGCCGAAACUGGUGCUCGCAUUAAUAUUCCUCCCGCAUCGGUACAGCAAGAUGAGAUAACUAUAGCUGGUGAGAAGGAAGGAGUCUUAGCUGCUAAGCAAAAGAUCGAGAGUAUCUACAAGGACAUGGAAAAAAGAUGUACCACGGUGUCCGUUGAGGUUCCCAAGUCCCAACACAAAUAUGUAAUUGGACCUCGUGGUAGUACCAUAGCAGAGAUAUUACAGACAACUGGAGUGAGUGUAGAAAUGCCCGCUUCUGAUUCGGCAACUGGUACUAUAACUCUUAGAGGACCUCAAGAAAAGCUUGGACAGGCACUUAACAAAGUGUAUGAAAAGGCAAACAGUGUUCGUACUGCCGUGGUAGAAGCUCCGGUUUGGAUACAUAAAUACAUCAUUGGACGCAAGGGUGUAAAUAUCAAGAAAAUUACUCAAGAAAUGCCGAAAGUGAACGUAGAAUUUACGGGGAAAGAGGACAAGAUUAAAAUAGAAGGUCCACCUGAGGAAGUAGAGAAAGCGCAGAAUGAACUACAAAUGAUGGCUAACGAUCUCAUAGCUAAGCUCACUUUUACAGAAUUGAAUGUUGAUCCAAGAUUUUACAAGCAUAUCAUUGGAAAAAAUGGUUGCAACGUGAAUCGUGUAAAAGAAGGAACUGGAGUCGUGAUUAGUAUCUCUGAAAAUGAUGGAAAUAACGUUAUUCGUAUUGAAGGCAACCUUGCUGGUGUACUGAAAGCUCAAACUGAACUUGUAGAAAUGGUAAAGAAACUCGAGAACGAAAAGGAAAAGGACGUGAUUAUAGAUCACAGAUAUUAUCGCAACAUAAUUGGUAAUAAAGGAGAUAAUAUCAAAGAAAUUAGAGAUAAAUUCAAUCAAGUACAAAUUACUAUACCUGGACCAGGUGAAAAAGGAGAUAUAGUGAAGAUAAGAGGACCCAAAGAGGAUGUUGAUAAGUGCCAUAAGCAUCUAAUGAAACUGGUGAAAGAAUUGAACGAAAGCAAUUAUGUAUUGGAAGUACCAAUUUUUAAGCAAUUUCAUAAGUUUGUUAUUGGAAAAGGCGGUGUCAAUAUACGCAAGAUCAGAGAAGAAACACAAACAAAAAUUGAUUUGCCUGCUGAAGGUGAAAAAAGCGAUGUUAUAACCAUCACCGGGAAGAAAGAAAAUGUAGAAAAAGCUAAAGAAAUGAUACAGAAGAUUCAAAAUGAAUUGGCUAAUAUCGUUACCGAGGAGAUCACUAUUCCACCCAAGUUUUACAACUCUCUCAUUGGUACUGGAGGUAAACUAAUACAUUCUAUCAUGGAAGAUUGCGGAGGUGUUACGAUCAAGUUUCCUACAGCUGAAAGUAAAAGUGAUAAGGUCAGCAUCAGAGGUCCAAAAGAUGAUGUAGAGAAAGCGAAAGCACAACUGUUAGAAUUAAGCAAUGAAAAGCAAUUGUCCAGUUAUUCAGCCGAGGUGCGUGCCAAAGUUCAACAUCACAAAUUCCUCAUUGGGAAAAAUGGUGCCAACAUCAAGAAGAUAAGAGAAUCAACAGGUGCACGUAUUGUAUUUCCGACAGAAGACGAUCAAGACAAAGAAGUGAUUACGAUUAUGGGCAAGAAGGAAGCGGUUGAGAAAGCUAAAGCUGAAUUGGAGGCCACGAUUAAGGAAAUUGAUAACAUAAUUGAAGGCGAAAUUCGCAUUGAUUCAAAGCAUCAUCGACAUUUUGUGGCGCGAAGAGGUGGUGUGCUACAUAAAAUCGCUGACGAAUGUGGAGGUGUGCAAAUUUCGUUCCCUCGAGCGGGUAAUGACAGCGAUCGCGUUAUCCUGAAGGGCUCGCACGAAUGCAUAGAAGCUGCGAAACAACGAAUGCGAGAAAUUGUUCAAGAACUGGAAUCUAUGGUGACGAUAGAAUGCGUGAUACCUCAAAAACACCAUCGCACCGUAAUGGGUGCGAAAGGUCGCAAAGUGCAAAGUAUAACAGCCGAAUAUGAUGUGCAAAUCAAAUUUCCUGAUCGCGACGUAUACGAUGAACAAAAAAUGCAAGUGAACGGCGAAAAUGGAGAAGCUGUGGAGACUGUUUCAGCUUGCGAUAUAAUUCGCAUUACCGGACAACCAGACAACGUUCUUGCCGCUAAGCAAGCUUUACUCGAUCUCGUGCCUAUUACAAUUCAAGUAGACGUACCAUUUGAUUUCCAUCGUUCCAUUAUUGGACAGAAAGGUAAAGAUGUACGGGAAUUAAUGAAUACAUAUGAUGUACACAUCAUGCUCUCACCUGCCGAGGAAAAACUAGAUUAUAUCAAAAUUUCUGGAACGCCGUCGUGUGUUCAAAGUGCCAAGGAAGCUAUCCUUGAAAAAUGUGAAACGUUGAAGGCUGAACGGGAGGACCGAGCGUUAAAAUCCUUUGAGCUGAAGCUUGAAGUUGAUCCUGAGUAUCAUCCGAAAAUAAUUGGGCGAAAAGGAGCUGUAAUUAGUAAAAUACGUAGCGAUCACGAUGUACAAAUUAAUUUUCCGCGUAAGGGCGAUCCCGAGGAACAUAUUAUCACAAUUACAGGAUAUGAACAGAAUGCGUAUAGCGCACGGGACGAUAUUAUGAAAAUUGUUAACGAAUUAAACGGUUUGACGAAAGAGGAAGUGCAUAUAAACGCUGCUGUACAUUCGCGUUUAAUCGGCGCGAAAGGUAGAAACAUCCGCAAAAUAAUGGACGAAUUUAAAGUCGACAUCAAGUUCCCGAGGAAAACUGACGCUGAUCCGAAUAUCGUAACGAUUAUCGGAGCAGAGGAUAACGUAGCUGAUGCAAAGGAUCGCUUGUUGAAUCUAGAAGAGGAAUAUAUGCAAGAUGUAAUAGAGAACGAAUAUCGCGAUAGUUUGCGUUCACCUCAACGCGAUGACAGUAACAGUGCCGGUGGCAAUGAGAACGAUACUGGCUUUAUCGUGAAGGGAGGACCGUGGGAACAACAACAGCAGCAGCCUCAAACCGCACCGAACACAGCCAGCGUGGAAGAAUUUCCUCAGUUCGCUGGCUAUUCCCACGUACCCGUUACUAAUCCGGAUGGUCCUUGGGGAAUUAAGCGUUAAACCUAUAAAUUUUCUUCGGGAAAAAGUGAUGGAACAUGUAAAAAUGAUUAGGUAACUCUUAUCUCUACAAACAAUUAUAUAAACCGGUAUCAAACGACGCUACAUACAAUACACACGCGCGCGCGCAUGUACACACAGACACACGCACACGCACGCACUGGUGUGGAUGGGUCCUUAUUCCAUUACUGACGUUGCUGCAUAUGAGAGACCUGGCCAUUCUAUUGGAUUCUGACAAUGGUUUAAUACACACACACAUCUCGUUCGCAAUGUUAUUAUUAUAAUUCACGAUAUGGAUGUUCUAUGUAUCUGUAACUGUAAUGCAUAUUGCUCUUGAGUCACGUCGUUCAGUUUACGUAGACAAUGCGCACACAGCGCACCGUUUAACUAUCCGUUAAUCUCGUUUCUAAAGAGAUGCUUUUCAGAUACAGAUAUAUUGUACUUAAGACUGUAGUAGCUUUGUGGGAAAUAAUCGGAUCAGCAUUCUGCAGAAAAAAAAAAAAAAACUUCCGAGUUCCGCGAGGAUUGUUUGUGUAAAACACAUUAAUUGUGUCUCUGUAUUGUAAAAGAAAUUCUCUAUGGCAAAAACAAAAUCUAUCCGUAAAUAUUAAAUUAAA